ACCAGCCCCUGAAUAAACUGGAAAGACGCCUGUUCUGGCUUUCAGUGACAGGGAGCACCACCAGGGAACAUCUCGGGGAGCUUGGUUGGAAGCACCAGGGCUUGGUCUGCAGGCUGCUGGCCUCUCUGCUGCCCUGUGGGGAGGGCCUUGCCUUUGCAUCCCUUGCAUUCGACUGCAAAGAAAGCCGCGUGGAGGAAGGGGUUACACUGUUUGACCUGGCAGAAACUCCGCUGAGCAGAACUUGCCGCCAGAAUGCUCCUCCUGUUGCUGGGUAUCAUUGUCCUCCACAUCGCAGUGCUGGUGCUGCUGUUCGUCUCCACGAUCGUCAGUCAAUGGCUCGUAGGCCAUGGACACGCAACCGACCUCUGGCAGAACUGUAGCACUUCCUCAGGCAACAUCCGUCACUGUUUCUCAUCAUCAACAAACGAAUGGCUGCAGUCUGUCCAGGCCACCAUGAUCCUGUCCAUCAUCUUCAGCAUUUUGUCCCUGUUCCUGUUCUUCUGCCAACUCUUCACCCUCACCAAAGGGGGGCGGUUUUACCUCACUGGAACCUUCCAAAUCCUUGCUGGUCUCUGUGUGAUGAGCGCAGCGUCCAUCUACACAGUGAAACACUCAGAAUGGCACCUCUACUCUGAUUACUCCUAUGGAUUUGCCUACAUCCUAGCCUGGGUGGCCUUCCCCCUGGCGCUUCUCAGUGGCGUCAUCUAUGUGAUCUUGCGGAAACGUGAAUGAGGCGCCCAGACAGUUCGUCUGAGGCUCUGAGCGUACAUACACAGGGAAGGGAGGAAGGAAAUCCGAAAACAGAAAAAAAAAAAAAAAGGUAGCCAAAAAACCCAAACUCAAACCAAACCAAACAUAAAGCAGUUGGGCGGGGGGGGUUAGUAUUGAUUGAAGAUGUAUAUAAUAUCUACGGUUUAUAAAACCUAUUUAUAACACUUUUUACAUAUAUGUACAUAGUAUUGUUUGCUUUAUAUGUUGACCAUCAGCCUUGUGUUGAACCUUAAAGAAGUAGCUAAGGAACUUUACAUCCUAAUCAUAUAAUCAAGCUCAGUAUUUUUGUUUUGUUUUUCAUGUUUUUGUUUUGUUUUGUUUUGUUUUGCCCAGAAAUAAAAUAACUCCAUCUCACUCCUUCCCUUACAUCUGAAAGAAGAUACCUCCCUCCCAUUCCACCUCAUUUAGAAAACCAAAGUGUGGGUAGAAACCCCAAAUGGCCAAAAGCCCUCUUAUUGUGGUGACCUUGUGUUCCGACAGACACGCACUACCCACACCUCCAUGUGAAGCCUUAUGCACACAUGGACAAAACCCGCAAACUGGAGCCCUUGACAAAAACAUGGCUUGUGGCUUUGGAAUACUUGCCCUUGAGGGUGGGUAUCCCGGUCACACAUCUGGAUGAGAAAUCGGUGACAAAAAAACCUAUGAAAUGGUGCUAUGUAUUUACCAUUCCUUAUUUUCACUAAUCAUCUAAACUACUUACUGGAAAUUCAAUUAACAAUUUUAUAACAUAAGUAGAAUGGAGACCUGAAUAAUUCUGUGUAAUAUAAAUGGUUUAUAACCGCUUUUGUACCUAGCUAGGCUGCUAUUAUUAUUAUAAUAAAUAAAUAAUAAAUACAGCUUUUAUCACUCCCACAUUUUUCUUGCGGUCGGAGCAUCAGGACAAGUCUCUAGACCCCCUGGAACCAUGAGUUUCCAGGGCUCAGCUGGGUCUAAGCUGUUCUCUGCCUCCAAGGACUGUCUGGCAAUGACUUGUAUUGGCCACCAACUGUAGAUGUAUAUACGGUGCCCUUUCUGAUGCUAAGACUCCAGACCUUUUUUUUUGCUUCGCUUUUUCUGAUUUUAUACCUACUGUUUGGACUAAGAUGCAUUAAAAUAAACAUCAGAGUAACUCAC